GCUAGAUUUUCAUUACUCUAUAUAAUUAAUUACUCACUCAUUUCAAUUCUCUUAAUAUGACGAUCAAAAUUGUGGUGCUUCUGUUUGUUCUAGCCACGUCUGAUCAUGUAUGGCGUACGAGCAGCAGUGUUGUUGAAGGUAGUGGAAAUUCUAAAGGUCUGUGCAUAGAGAAGGAGAAACAAGCUCUUCUCACCAUUAAACGAAGCCUUAUUGAUCCAAAGAAGCUUCUAUCCUCCUGGACCAGCGGCGGAACUGAUUGUUGCUCGUGGAAAGGAAUCAGGUGUGAUAACUUAACUCAUCAUAUUAUCAGUCUUGAUCUUAACUUUGAAUGCUUCGACAGUGAUGGUUUUCUUGAGUCGUGCUCUUUGGGAAGUGAAAUCAGUCCCUCCUUGGUUGAAUUGCGACAUUUGAGGCACUUAGAUCUUAGUAACAAUCAGUUCACUAAAAUUCCCAAAUUUAUUGGUUGCCUAAGUAGACUCGAAAAUCUCAGCCUUGCAAAUAAUCCCAUUAUUGACACUAUCAGCAUUCAGGUAAGAAAUCUCACCAAACUUCAGUUUCUCGAUCUUGAUAUUGAUACAGCUGGUACGUUGAUCGUCAAUGAUCUUCAAUGGCUUUCUUAUCUCCCUUCUUUGAAAAUAUUUAGACUGAGUCACACAAAUUUCGACAAAGCUACAGAUUGGCUUCAUUCGCUUAAAACAACUCCUGCUCUAUCAAGUUUACAAUUAGAUUCCUGUCUAUUCCCCCAAGUAGACAUCUCCUCUCUUUCCCAUGCAAAUUCUUCUAAUUCUCUCAAAGAUCUUGAUAUUUCAUCCAGUACCAUACACCCUACAACAAUUCCCUGGUUGUUAAAUUUGAGUACCAAUAUCGUUAAUCUCACGAUAAAAAAGAGUGAAAUACAAGGUGGUUUUCCAAACUCUUUGGAAAAUAUGCGAUCCCUUGCACGCAUUGACUUGUCAUUGAAUAAAUUUGAGGGUGGAAUAUCAAAAUCAUUGGGUAGUCUUUGCAAUCUUAAAGAAUUGAAUUUGGGUUUCAACAAACUUAAUACAACACUCCCCGAUAUUUUACAAAGUCUCAAUGGUUGUGCUAGAAGUUCAUUGGAAAAGUUGGAUUUGGGAUACAACAAAAUAAGAGGAUCCCUUCCUGAUUUUUCAAUGCUGCCUUAUCUUAGAUGGUUGGAUGUCUCUUUCAAUAAACUUAAUGGUACUUUAACUGAAAGUACUAUUAUUGGUGAGCUCCAUCAUCUUGAGAGACUGUACAUGUCUUCAAACUCAUUCACUGGGCUUGUCUCCCAAGUCUUCUUUCAAAAUAAUUCCAAAUUGACAGUUCUUGAGUUAUUUGACAACUCCUUAACAUUAAAUUUCACCUCCACCUGGAUUCCACCAUUUCAACUUGACAGAUUAUUAUUGAGAUCUUGCAAGUUAGGUCCACACUUUCCUACAUGGCUCAAAACUCAAGUAAACAUAUCCGAAAUUGACAUUUCUAACUCAGGAAUUCAAGAUGCUAUUCCUAAUUGGUUUUGCAAUCAAACCUUUCCAUUGGCUUUUGCAAAUCUCUCUUCUAAUCAAUUCCAUGGUACUAUCCCACCAUCUCUGUCCAACGUGAUGAGCUUGUAUCUUUCCAAUAACGACAAACACGUUAGCUUAAGCUCAUUUCUUUGUGACCAAGCUCAAGGGAUAACAGCGGUUCUUGAAUUUAGUAAUAAUAUGGUAUUCGAAAGAAGUCUUCCUGAUUGUCGGUGGAAUUUGAAGAAUUUGGUUGUUCUCAAUUUAAAUAACAAUAAUUUUACCGGAGUGGUUCCAAGGUCAGUCGGCUUGUUAUAUGACCUCAACUUUUUAAUCUUGAGACAAAACAGCUUCUCGGGACAUUUGCCUUCAUCCUUGGAAAAUUGUGCACAACUUCAAGUUCUUGAUGUUGAAGGGAAUGAUUUGGAAGGAUAUAUACCAUCAUGGAUAGGGGAAAGACUACAAAAUUUGCUAUUCCUUCGUCUCAAAUCAAAUAAAUUCUAUGGAGUUAUACCAUCGAAUUUAUGCCAUCUUCAGCUUGUUCAAAUAUUGGACCUUUCGUCUAAUAAUUUAGUUGGAGCUGUCCCUUCUUGCAUAUCUAAUUCCACUUCAAUGGUUGAAACGCAAGACCAAUUUCAACUAAUUUUUGCAUCCGUUCAUUCAACUAAGAAACAAUAUAUGAUCUAUAAUUUUGAAACGUUCAUAAUGUGGAAAGGAGCUAAUCGUGAGUAUAUGGACAUUCUAGGAUUAUUAAGAAUGGUUGAUCUUUCAAGCAAUAAAUUAUCUGGAAAAAUUCCUGAAGAGCUGACAAAUCUCGCUGGAUUGGUCAUGCUCAAUCUAUCAAGAAAUGAUUUGAGUGGGGCAAUCCCUGUGGAUGUUGGGAAACUAAGUAAUCUUGAGUCACUAGAUUUGUCCCACAACCAAUUUUCAGGUAUAAUUCCAGCGAGCUUGGCACAAAUAUCUUUCCUGUCAUACAUGGAUUUGUCUAGUAACCUUUUGUCUGGAAGAAUUCCCACAAGUACUCAAUUACAAAGCUUCAAUGCUUCUGCCUACGUGAACAAUACUGGACUUUGUGGACCUCCUCUAACAGACCCAUGCCCUGGAGAUGAGUUACCAAAAAGUUCUGAUCAAGAUCGCUCAAGUGGUGAUGAAAGCAAUGGUGUAGAAUGGUUGGACAUGGCAUGGCUUCAUAUGGGAGUUUGGGUUGGGUUUGUAGUGGGAUUUGCUGGAGUAUGUGUUCAUUAUUUCAGGCUGAUCAACUCCUUCCUCAGAGUUUCCUAUUUCCAUUCCAUGAGCAACUCCGGAGAUUGGCUUUACAAAAAAAUUGUCUCAAAAUGCCCCUGUUGAAGAGCAUGCUGUUCUCUAUUUAACAGAACAUCAACUGGCAUCUGGCCCCAUAUCACAAGGUGGAGUGUCUUCGUGGUUUCAAGAGCUUGAAGUUGAAGUACUAAGGGAUAUUCUGCUAUGAAGUUUAGCAAUUGAAUUAUGAGUUAAAAAUGUUCCUCUUCUCUUUUUUUUUUUUCAUGCUUCGUAAAAUCAAGGCUUCUGUUUUUUUUCUUCUCUUGUUUGUUAAUUUACUGUUUGAUCCAAGACUAGUUCUCUAUCAUUUACAUCCAUAUGUUGAAUAAUUCUCGUAAGUUUUAUUCUGCUAUAACAGACCUUUGGGAAAUACAAAACCAAUUCGCAGUGAA